AUGACGGUCUCUUACACCCUGAAAGUAGCCAACGCUCGGUUCGGCGGCUUUUCCAAGCUGCUCUUCAGAUGGAAAGGGAGCAUCUACAAACUGCUCUACAAAGAGUUCAUUGCCUUUGCCAUCCUCUACACCAUUAUCAGCCUCAUGUACAGACGUUUGCUGUCAGAAGAACAGAAGACCCUGUUUGAGAAGACGGCCAUGUACUGUAACCGGUACACUGACCGCAUCCCACUAUCGUUCGUUCUGGGUUUCUAUGUGUCUUUGGUGGUGAGCCGUUGGUGGAGUCAGUACACCAGUAUCCCCCUCCCUGACCAGCUCAUGAUGGUGGUCUCUGCGAAUGUCCACGGUGUGGAUGACAGGGGGCGUAUCCUGCGGAGAACGCUCAUGCGUUACGCCAACCUGUCCUCUGUGCUCAUCCUACGCUCCAUCAGCACCCGGGUGUGCAAGCGCUUCCCCACCAUGGAGCACGUCAUCGAGGGAGGGUUCAUGACUCGGGAAGAACAGAAGAAACUUGAGGGCCUGUACUCUGACUUUAACAAGUACUGGAUGCCCAUGGCCUGGUUCACUAAUCUGGCCUCCCAGGCCCGGAGAGAAGGGCGUGUGCGGGAUGAUGUGGCGCUGAGACUGCUGAUGGACGAACUCAACAAUUACAGAGCCAAGUGCAGUAUGCUGUUUCACUUCGACUGGAUAAGCAUCCCCCUUGUGUACACGCAGGUGGUCACUGUUGCUGUCUACUCAUUCUUUGCCGUCUGCCUGAUUGGGCGGCAGUUUCUGGACCCAAGCAAAGGCUACUCCGGCCAUGAUUUAGACUUCUACGUGCCCAUCUUCACACUGCUGCAGUUCUUCUUCUAUGCAGGCUGGCUCAAGGUAGCAGAACAGAUUAUUAAUCCAUUUGGAGAAGACGAUGAUGACUUUGAAACAAAUAAACUGAUUGACAGAAACAUUCAGGUCUCCAUGUUAGCAGUGGAUGAUAUGUACCAGAAUCUGCCCCCGGCCGAGAAGGAUAAAUACUGGAACGAGUCGUCAGCUCAGCCUCCCUACACCCUGGCCACAGCAUCUGAGACCCUCAAACCCUCCUUCAUGGGGUCCACCUACGACAUGAGGAUGACCGAGGACUCCGCGCAGCACUACACUGUCGAGCCGAGCCCACUCACUCCUCGCAUGCAGACGCCAAUGCUGACCCGGUUCCUGACUGCCGCCUCGCCAGCCAUUAGCCUCAAAAACUUUGGCCGCGGCAACCGGGGGAUGCUACGUCUGCGCGGCGACAGCGUCAACUCAAACCCCUGGCAAGCGGAGGAGCGCAUUAGCGAGGACGAGGACGAGGACGAGGUGGACGCGGAAGUAGAGGUGCAGGGCAAGGCAAGCCAGCAGUCCAGCUCUGGUUCCUAUCCAGCCAAGCCUCGACGCCUAGAAGCCUCUGACCAGCAGAAGAAAAGGGAAGCGUUCCCCCAGUUCACCGUCACCAUCGACAGCCCCUCCAGCGAUAGUGAGAACACAGACGCAUAGCCAGCCGAUCUAACACUUCUGCUUCAGUCGUUUUUCUUAAGAUUCUUGUCAUACCAUAUUUUUCAUAUAAGAGAACGAUAAAUAGAUACUACUUUAUCUGCAUAAUCCACAAAACGCAUCCUCGAUUCUGGGAAAGAUUGCAUCAAAAUAUACCAGAUUGACACC